AUGCUUUCUUGGGACAGUGACGAUGAUCCCAAAAAUCCUUACGACUGGCCUGCCUCACGAAAAUGGACCUUGACUUGCCUCGCCGCAUUUGCCACGUUCCUGGCGAUGAUGAACGGGACAAUUCCUACUGUCGCCCACUUGCAGAUCUCAGAGGCCUUCAACAUAAACGAAACCUCGUUCCCACAUUCUUACUGGAUGGUGACAACAUGGGCCCUCGGCGGCGCAUGCUCUGCUCUCUUCAUUCUCCCUCUCGCUGAGGAUUUCGGAACCAGGCCAGUCUUUCUCUCGACAUACCUGAUCUUCCUCUGCUUUCUGGUGCCGCAAGCUGUCGCCCAAAAUUUCGCUACAUUAGUGGUCACCCGCUUUUUUUCGGGUGGCUGUGCAGCUAUUUUGGCCAAUACGGCUGCUGGGGUAACUGGAAAUGUCUGGAGCACCGAAUGGUCCAGAUCAGUCCCCGUCAGCUUGUAUAUCUUGGGCUACAUGGCUGGGAGCAGUAUGGGUCCAGUCAUGGGAGCUGCAAUCUUCCAAGCUUUGGGAUGGAGAUGGAUAGGCUAUAUGCAGCUUAUCUGGUUUGGAGCAUUGUUCCCCAUCUACUACUUCCUCUUCCGAGAGACACGGGGAAGCGUCAUCCUCUUGAAGCGGGGGAAAGAUACGACUAAAGGAGAUGUAUUUGUCCAUGCAGAAACACUGAGUUUACAGAAUCUUACUGCUAGUGCAACAAGGCCAGUGAUACUAUUCUGCACUGAGCCGGUGCUGUUCGUGUCAACACUAUGGUCCGCCUUCACCGUUGGAACGCUAUUUCUAUUCACGCAAUCAGUCGAGCAAGUGUUUAUGGAAUUAUACGAUUGGAACAUCGCCCAGACCGGGUACGUCCAGUGUGCGAUUGUGAUCGGCGAGUGUAUAGGAUGGUCUCUGAAUUUCCUAUCUCGAAAGCUCUACUUUACAUCUGCUUCACGAAAUACCGAAGUCCCUGGGGCUCCGAUCCCAGAGGCUAGACUAUAUAUGGCCGUUUUAGGGGGAGUUUGCGGUAUCUCCGGCGGCAUGUUUACGUACGCUUGGACUUCCUAUCCUCAUAUCCCGUGGAUCGCCCCUGCCAUCAGUUUAACCAUGGUCGGAGCUGGCAGUGUACUCGUCGUCUGUGGUGUAACAGAUUAUGUGGUUGACGCAUACAGUCACUACGCCGGGAGCGCCAUGGGGGCUGUUGGCACCGGAGAAAAUGUUUUCUCUGCCCUCUUGCCCCUGGCAACAUUCAGCAUGUACAGCAAUCUCGGACUCAAUUGGGCAAGCACAUUGCUUGCUUUCAUCUCCCUAGCACUUUCGCUCGUCCCGACGCUUAUGUUUGUUUGGGGCAAACAGGUUCGGGCUCGAAGCACAUUCAUGAGCAAGGUGACAGAUACUGGCUCUAACAAGAGCAAUGAUAUGGUAUAG